CCUUUCUGCUAUAAUAAUACCUUAAUACAAGCAAUCACUCAAAGCUAGCUUCAAUUAUAUAGAUUCUUAUACUUUAUAUAUAUCCACACCUCUACCAUAUAUAUCCAAAAUUUCAAAAAUAUAUCUUCCUCUUUCUCUCCCUAGCUUACAAAAUUAAUUAAUCAUGGGUCUUAGAGAUGUCGGUGCUUCACUUCCCCCUGGCUUUCGAUUUUACCCCAGUGAUGAAGAGUUGGUCCUUCAUUACCUUUACAAAAAAAUCACUAAUGAGGAUGUUCUUAAGGGUACCUUGGAGGAAAUUGACUUGCAUACUUGCGAGCCUUGGCAACUUCCUGAGGUGGCUAAACUCAACGCAACUGAAUGGUACUUCUUUAGCUUUCGUGACCGUAAAUAUGCCACAGGUUUUAGAACCAAUAGGGCUACGACAUCUGGAUAUUGGAAAGCAACAGGAAAGGAUCGAACGGUGUUCGAUCCAAUCACACAUGAGGUUGUAGGAAUGAGGAAAACUCUAGUGUUCUAUAGGAAUAGAGCUCCAAAUGGAAUCAAAACAGGUUGGAUCAUGCAUGAGUUUAGGUUGGAAACCCCACAUAUGCCACCUAAGGAAGACUGGGUUUUGUGUAGAGUAUUUCAUAAAGGCAAGACAGAAAAUAAUGCCAAAUUAAGUCCACAAGAAAUGUAUGAGACUAUAGUCCCAUCCCUAACCAACCAAACCAUGCCAAUUGGGUAUAACCAAUUUGCUUCAUUCUCAUCUUCAAUGACAACCCAUCAUUGUCAUUUAAAUGAGAACCAAAAUAAUUCUUUGAUGAAUCUUCUUCAAUUUUCUAAAGAAACAAACAACAAUUGUAGUAGUGUUACUCAAAUUAGUCCUAAAUGUGAUGAUGGAUAUGGAUAUUUGUGGGACAUGGAUUUGGAAGAUCAUCAUGAUGGUGUGGCCUCAUCAGACAUGGAAGGAAUGAGAUUCCAGGUUGAUAAUAAUAGCAUGGUCUUGUUAUAAAAAGUAUGAUGAUGUGUACAUAUUAUGUAUAUGGUUCUUAUCUCUCAAGUUACGGAAAUUUGUGGUUUUGUGAUGUAAUCAUAUAUAGUGUUUGGCUUCAAAGGGCAUGCCACGUGCUUGAUUGGGAUUAUAGGUUUUUUUUUUUCUUUUAAGUUUUCAGUGUGAUUGGUUAGGGUUUCAUUUGGUUAUUGGGAGGGGGUUAUACACAUUGAUUAGCAUUUGUAGGGGGUAUUGAUUAUGAUUAUGAUUAUGAUUAUGAUUCAUUCGUGAUA